UAUGUCUUAAGAAAAUAUUAGUUAAAAAAAUCAAUUUGAGCUUGCCAAGCAUGCUAAUGCUGUUAAAAGAUUUGAGAAUCUUGAGAAGCUUAAGUUAAUUGAUCGUUUAGAAACCAUAUAGAAAAUAAAAAAAUCUAAUGAUAGAUUAGAAAUGAAGAAAUUUAUGUUUCAAUUACAACAAAGAAUGUUUGAUACACCUGAUUAGUUUUCAAUUAUUAAAUUUUCAAUAGGUCUAAAGCCAAUUUUAGGGAGUAUGCCUAAAGAAGUGUAGAAAAAUUGAAGCGUGAUUCAAAACUUUCUCGUUCUCCAGAUUCACGCCAGACAACAGCAGCUGAGAAAUAAAUAGAAAUAAAAGAGAUUGAAGUUAAACCAUUUAAAGUAUGA